GGAUUCGGGCGCAGGUGGCGAUGGCGAUGGCCUGGGGAGAGGGAGUGUGGAUGCUUCGUGGCCAAGAAUCAUCGUGUGGAAAACCUUUCACGCAGUUAGGUGUAGCACUUGAUAAAGCGUUGGGGACAAACCUUGCGUUUGGAUGGUGGGCGGAUGAGGACGCUCAACUCUUGAAUGUGCUCGUCGACCGCAUCGCAUCGCCCAUCCCAGUGGCUUCCAACUAUGAAACCCGUCUUUUCUCGAUGCGUGAUUACUGUUUAAAUUGCGGAAGCCUCCUCGAAUGGUCGGUGCGAAUGGGUUUUUUUUCUGACCCCGUGUAGCGCUUCGGUGCAGUUGAAAUUUGAGUUGGAGCUGAGGAGGGGCUGCGGGUUUCUUCAUUGCUGAGUUGGCUUCCACAUUGCUUGCGCGAUUUGCAGGUACAGAGGAACAUCAAUAUCGCUUGAGUUCAAUGGCUACAGGGGCCUUAAUGUUUAAGGUCCCCACAACAGUACUGGCUCACGGGUCUGGGGUCUCAAAGCGUGCCUCCAGAGACUUGUUUGAGCGGGAUUUUAGUUCAAACUUUGAUGAAGGUUCAGGAGAGAGAGCUAGACAUGGAGGGGUUAGAACUGGCAGGAAAUGGGCUACAUUAGUUGUUUCACGAGCGUCUUCGACGGCACCCGUGUCACCAUCACCCACCAUAGCAGAGGAUUGCAAAGAAUGCAGUGUACUAUUACGCACCACCAAAGGAUGUGGGUUAGGCGUGUCGCGAUACCCGGACUUUGUGUACAACGCAGAGGGAGGCGGGGGAAGAGGUAAGGCCGUGAAAAUGGAGGACGGCCGUUGGUCUGUGAAAUUCGAUGCAGCAGAGGUCAACAUUCCAGAUGUGGGCUUCCGCACAACCACACUAUUGGGAAUCCCACUUCCUCCACCUAUCAAAAUCGAAAUCGUCCCAGAGUUCCUGGAAGGCAUUGUGGAUCGCGACACUGGCAAGGUGGAACUCAACUUCCUGGCCAAGUUUUUCUUCUCAACUGGGCCUUUGUACCGCCCCUCGCCCCUGAUUGUUGAGACAUUGCUAACGACAGAGAAAGCACAGGGUGAACUCAGAGGAGGCACUGGGACUCGGCUGGAUGCUGAUGGAAACUGCCGGAUGGUGGGAGUUGCUAGACUUGCCCCCAUUGACGACCUUUUCAUGGACACUUUCCUGAUGAUGCCCACCGAUUGCUUGGCCGACAUGGCAGCUAACAUCACCUUCACCUCGUAGUGGUUUCAUUGCCUCCGCUUCAUGAUCUCUGCUGCGAUCAUUAAUAUUCAUUUCACUCUUGCAAUCUGUACAGGUCCGGUCCAUGUUCAGUGAUAGAAACCAAGUGUGACUUCUAUUUCAACCUUGUGAUUGAUCCUUGUAGAUACUUGUCUGGAUGGACGAAUUGAUGCUUAAUUGACCUCCGAACGUCGGGGAUUAUCUCAAACAAAUUUGAUAUUUUCAGGCUCAA